AUGGCACAGGAUCAACCCACACUUGAGGGUCUCAUCGUGGAUGUGAAAGUCACUAGUGAGCGUCUUGCCCAACUUGAGGGUGCUCAGAUUGCGACCGAAGAAAGGCUCAAGGCCAUAGAGGAUGCACAGGGUGUUGCAAACACACAUCUAAAGGACAUCUUGUCACGUCUUGACGAGUUGCGGACUGCACCCCCCAUCAACAACAAUGCUGAUCCUCGCAACUCCACGGGUGGCGGCGCUAUUUCGCGAGCUCGGCGUGUGCCCAUGGGUCAUCCACAACACCCAGCUACUGCCACUGAUGCCGCCACCAUAAACCAACACCAACAAAUUCCUCCCCGCGUCGAGCAACAUGGGGACAACUAUGAGGAUUAUUCUGGUGACACCGAAGACGACCAAAUGGUCAACCACCACAAUGACCGUGCUCAUCGACAACUACGUUUCAACCGUCAUGAUGUUUAUCUUGACUGGGAACUUUCUGUUGAACAAAAAUUCGCAUGUCAUGAUAUUCCUGAGAACCAAAGACUGAAAGGGAAGUACAGGGACGACACAACAAGGGACGAGUACAAGGACACCACUGAAGCGACCAUGGACGCGACGCGCACCAUCCUGCAGCAGUGCGAGCGGUCCAAGACGGUGAGGCGUGUCAUCCACACGGGCUCCGUUGUCACGGCCUCGCCGCUCCGGGAGGACGGCGACGGGUACAAAGAGUUCGUGAGCGAAUCCUGCUGGACCUCACUCGGCCUGCCUUACGACCACAGCAACGAACACCUGGACAUUUCAGCCUUAAGAUGGGCUUAUGUAUCCUCGAAGACCAUCUCUGAGAAGGAAUUACUCAAGUACAACGAUGACUUCUUCGAGGGCAGAGUGCUCGACGUUGUUGUCUUGGUAUGUGGCCUCGUAGGAGGAGACACCCUCCUUCCGCACAUCAGCGACAACCUCCAUGCCAUGUUGUCACCUCUAACUGGCGUCGAGCUCUAUCACAACUCCCUCAAGUUCCUACAAGCCCUCCUCGGCUCCGUACCACUGGUGCAUGUCGACAACGUCUGCGAGGCACACGUCUUCUGCAUGGAGAAAUCGUCUGAUGUUGUUGGUGGCCGAUACCUUUGCACCACCGCGCACACCAACAUGCAUGACAUCUUGGAGCACUACGUCCGCAGGCACCCCGAACUCGAGCGGGUCAAAGAAGUGGUGGGAGAGGGAGUGAGAGUGCAGGCUAACACAAACAAGCUUGUGGAGCUGGGGUUCAAGUAUAAGUAUGGAGCAGAGGAGGUGCUUGAUGGAAGCGUGGAUUGCGGGAAGAGGUUGGGAUUGUUGUAA